AAUUGUAACCAGCAGGGGGAAGUUUUGGGGGUUGGCGUUCAGUGCCUGAGGUCUUUGCUUUUGAAGAAAUAAGCAACAGCGGAAUUAAAAGAUUUCAAGCCAGCGACGCAGGAAUGCUUCCGAACUUACCGUUUUAGCCUAUAGUAGUGUUAUGAGGACCAGCAAGUGAAUAUGACGCUAAAUAUAUUAGUUGCGAUCAACCAUCGUAGAAGAACAUGACGGUCAAGGAAACAAGACUAUAAAGGUUUCUUUAAAAUGCAGUCAGAUUGCAUUCUCAGAACAUAGUAAAGAGAACCGUAGAUGUUUUGUUUCUCUGGACAGUAUAGUCUGAAGACGAAGAAAAUGUGUUUUACUUUAUAUAUUGCAUGCUUUAUGAUAAAUGGUUCAUAUCGAUAGUUACGUGGUUGCCUGAACUGCUUACAGUAUCUAGGUUGUGUAAUUAUCCUAUAAUUUACAGCGAAUUGUAGCAUCCCUUUGUUUUAUUUUACGAUCGUGUUAAACGGCUCUUAGUAGGCUAAUACAUUUCAUAAAAGGAGCACACUGCUAUUGAAGAAGACCGAGUCGGAAGAACGACAGCGAGGAAUGGCCAGUUUGUCGGCAGAAGAAGAGCAGGCCACGAAGCAGUUCUUGGAGGAGAUAAACAAGUGGACCACGCAGCAUGGCGUCUCGCCUCUGUCCUGGAACGUGGCCGUCAAGUUUCUCAUGGCCCGCAAGUUUGACGUGCUGCGAGCCAUCGAGCUCUUCCACAGCUACAGGGAGACUCGGUUGAAGGAAGGGAUUGUGAAGUUGCAGCCACAGGAAGAGCCACUAAGGUCUGAGCUCCUGAGCGGGAAGUUCACCGUGCUGAGCGUACGGGACCCCUCAGGAGCCUCCAUCGCCCUCUACACCGCCCGGCUGCACCACCCCAACCGGACCGGCACCCACGUGGUUCUGCAGGCGCUGUUCUACCUGCUGGACCAGGCUGUGGAAAGUUUUGAGACACAGCGGAAUGGCCUGGUGUUCAUCUACGACAUGGCCGGCUCCAACUACACCAACUUUGAACUGGACCUGAGUAAAAAGAUCCUCAAUCUGCUCAAGGGGGCGUUCCCUGCCAGGCUGAAGAAGGUCUUCAUCGUGGGGGCGCCGGUCUGGUUCCGCGUGCCCUACAACCUGCUCAGCCUCCUGCUGAAGGACAAGCUGAGAGAGAGGGUGCAGAUGGUGAAGAUGGCGGACCUGAGGCAGCACCUCCCCAGGGACUGCCUCCCAGAGCACCUGGGGGGGCUGCUGUCUCUGGACACACAUGGCUGGAACCAGCAGCUCCUGGCGGGGCAGAACGGGCGCACAGACCCCGUGGAUGAGCUGGUGGGGGUCCCGCUGGGGGAGAGCUCCAUACACGUCCCCGGUCCUGAGGCUGUCAGUCUGAUCGAGUUCACCGCCCAGCUGGGCCACGCCCAGAGAGCCGGGCUCUACGAGCAGUACGAGGAAAUCCGCAAGGAGAGCCCGUCCGGAACCUUCCACUGUGCCCUAGCGGCCUACAACCAGGAAAGGAAUCGCUAUGGAGACGUCCUGUGUCUGGACCAAACACGCGUUCGCCUCAAGCCCCGGAGAAACGAGAAAUCUGACUACAUAAACGCCAGCUUUAUGGAUGGGUACAAACACAAGAAUGCCUACAUUGGAACUCAAGGGCCCCUGGAGAAGACGUACGCCCACUUCUGGAGGAUGAUUUGGGAGCAAAAUGUCCUUGUCAUCGUCAUGACAACCAGGACGGACGAGGGCGGCAGGCGGAAGUGCGGGCAGUACUGGCCACUGGAGGAGGGCGGGCAGGAAGUCUACGGACCCAUCGCCGUGGUGAACCAGAGGGUGGACAACCACGCCCACUACAACCAGACCACACUGGAGCUGCACAACACAGAGAACUGUGAGCAGAGGCAGGUGACCCACUUCCAGUACCUGAGCUGGCCUGAUUACGGCGUGCCCACAUCCGCCGUCACACUCAUCCACUUCCUGGGGGCGCUGAAGAGGCAGCAGAAGAAGGCGGUCCAGGCCAUGGGCUCCCAGUGGAGGGGCCACCAUGCAGGACCGCCCAUCCUUGUCCACUGCAGUGCCGGGAUUGGCCGGACAGGUACACUGUGUGCCCUGGACAUCUGCCUGUCCCAGCUGCAGGACGUGGGCACCAUGAACAUCUGCCAGACGGUGCGCAGAAUGAGAACACAGAGAGCCUUCAGCAUCCAGACCCCAGAACAGUACUACUUCUGCCACACUGCCAUCCUCGAGCACGCCCAAAAACAGGGCAUGCUCACGGCCAAUCACUGAGCCCCCUUCCCACACGCCAACCAAUCGCAGGUAUCAGAGGUGGCCAUGACUGUCCCAGCCCCUCCUCUUUUUGCUUUUUCUUUUGUUUUUCUGUUGGAUUUUAUUUUUUAUUUUUUCCCUGGCAGUACCCAUCAGCUGCAGCAGCUACAUUUAGCGAUCUGCAGAAGGGCCCAGGACACAGUCAGACCUGGUCUGGCUGAUCCCACCGCUAUGACCACCAGCUCUUCACCUUAACGGGAGCCUGGCGAAAAAAGCCAUAGGUCUCUAGACACGCUCUCUAUGUCUUAACUGUCGUCUGUUCUCAGUGCUGUAAACAGUGAAGUUCUGUCCAACUCAGUGUGGUAUUUUGUGACCAAGGUACUUGUGGUGACUGAUGAUUGAAUUUGAUUGUCAUUGGCUUCUUACUAAUCGACCACCUUCAGAUGCAUAUUAUAUUUUGAACUGACAAAGGAUUUGGGGAGUUGCCUAUCUAGCAGGGGGACAUGCCACUCAAGGAUUCACCUAAUCUCCUGUCAAACAAGGAGAAAAAAGGGCUGUGUUGGAAACAAAACACAGAAAAAACUGCCUUAAAUUUGUGAACAAAUGUUUGUGGCUGUGGCUAAAAUCUUUGCAAUAGAUUCCACCUCCCUUUAUUCCCAGUCCAUACUGGCUAAUAAGUUUAGCUUCAGUUCUGUUCUCAUAAUCCAAUAUGCAGUCACUGAGCAGCCUUCUCAUUCAACCUUGCAAUCCUGAUUUGUUCUUGUGUUGGUUGCCAUGGUAGCACAAGCAAAGCUUUGCUCUUGACAAAUAGGGUGUGUCCAACCCAACCGCAGCCGCCUCAUUGGCCGUUUCACCUUUGCCCACUGCAGGUGACCGAAUGUGAAAGGCAGGGGAGAAACUAUUGCAACAGUAUCUAGUGCGUUUUUUGGGGGUUUUUUCCACAAUCGUGUGUCAUUUAGGGAUCCAAAAAAGAAAUGAGCACAUGGGUGAUUGUGUUGAGUCUGGGAAAUGUCUUUGAAAAUGAAGUGUUUUAUGUACAGCUACAUAGUGGUCAGAAUACCCAGCUCCAUGUUCAAGGAGGUUAUGAGUUGAGCUUUAGUAGCUUCUCAGGUGACCAUAUGUCCAGGCAUUCAGCCCUGAACUGAGAAUGCUGUGCAAUGAUGUUUUGGUAAAAAACUGACAAAACCAAGUCGGGAGUAUAGAGUCCAACUGAAACAAGUAGGAUGGAGAACUAAAUGCACUAUCUCCACUCUCCAUCUAUAUCAUGAUUCCAGCUAAUGUUUUCACAACCUUUACAUCUACUUUCUACACCGUUUGGCUCUGUGAAAUAAGAAAAAACACACCCUAAGGAACAAGGUGCAGGCCAUCAGACCAAAUAUAAUUUCAAGUGGUUCAAUCAAUACAUGCGCUUUUCAGGUGCAAAAUAUGCAUGUAUUGAUCAAAUUCCAGCACCUUUGUGUUUUUGCAAUCUCACAUUGUUGUCUGUUUGGUCUGAGAGCUGGCCUGACCUGUCUCAGACCCGAUAGCCUGCCAUCGUGCCUCAGGGCUUUUCCCAGCACUCCUCAGUCUGUGCCAGGGUUCUUCAUUUCCGUAUGUGGAACCACUCGUUUUAACACCCUGGUUGUAUUUGAACGCCGGACGCAUCGCCGCAGUCCCUCUGAUAAGUGUGUGAGCGCAGGCAAGCACGCUCUCUUUCUCCAGACACCGCUUCUUCUCGCUCCGAAGCCCAGCAGCUGAGCGGCGCAGUCGUUGUGUGGGUGGAGCACAGCCGUUACACAGCUGGCACAGGCAGACUUCAGCCACCUGAGGAACCAGAGGCCGUCUGCUGCAGAGGGAGGCGGGGAGAAUCCCGCUGACAUCCCGCUCCUGCUCCGGGUGACGUGAGGGCAAACUACGCUUCGUUCCGGGGCACCGACGGCCACAGCCGGCCCUGGACACGGUCUGGCCUGCAUCCGUUCUCCUCCACCUCUGAUUAACGUGACCUGUGACCUUUGACCCGAGCUAGAGGGCAAGGAUUCUCUGUGUCUAAGCACUUUCACACAGGCAUUCCAUUUGUGCUUUCUUUUGCUAUAUUCAUUUCUUUUGGUGUACUUUUUAGAAACAAUAUAUUAAAUGUAUAAACAAUGACUGUAGUCUUAUCACAGUAAUGUAAAUGUAGAUUUUGGGGACAGACUUCUGAAUGGCUCAGCUGAACCAGUGGUCAGAAUCAAUAUUUUGCAGGGGGGGGGGGUUAAAAAGAUAACUGGCACUCCCAGCUGGAGGGCUAAGACCGUGUUUUGUGGUUUCUGAUUGUCAUGUGAACAAAUGUGUUCUUUGCUACUGAAUUCAUAUUGAAUUUGCUUGUAGUGAAAUGCCGCUCAGCCACUCAUUCACAUAUGCUCAUAGUUACUCUGUAAUGAAGUCCCUUCACAACCGGGCCCCAAAAACAGCCCAGCUUUAUUUUUCUAUUUUAUUCAUUGCUUGUUUUUUUGUUAUUCAUACUUUGACAAAAAUCUGCUUAAAUUAUAUUUAAAUUGAAGUAUCUGUUGAAGUUUUUUUAGUAUGACUAUUAUAAAGGAAUCCGGCUACUGUUGUAUUACAUGCCCUUUCUGUUCAUUUCUACAUUAUCAGUGGUUCCCAUUUCUUAAGGACCAGGUUUCUCAGUCUGUCGGUCAUGUUAAAACUUGCUAUUGAACCACAGUCUUUAAUCUCAGAAGGAAAACCCCCAAAAAAGGUAUGAAUUCAUUAAAUGGAAAUGGUUUCCUUGUGGUAUUA